AUGCCGAUUUCUUCCAUUUGGUUGCCUAUUACGAUUGUUCCAGUCAAUGACCAACGCCCUCGACUUCUUCGACCAACCAACUCAUUUGGAUCAUAUCAAAGCUCUCCAGCGAUCCCUGCUUCUGCUAAUUCGUCCGCAUCUUCGGUCUCAAUCCCCUCCGAUUGUCUGCAUGUUUUCGCCGGUUUUUAUAGCUUCAUCUCACCAAGUCAUCUGUUGGUCCAGGAUGAAGAUACGCCAAGUGAAGAGCUUCUCUAUCGGCUGGUAGCUGAACCUUUAUUCGGUCAGCUUUGCCUUCUUGUAGGACCACCGGGACCAUUCGAUUUAGCUUGCACGCCAUGCUUCAGGGGCUGUACUUUCCGGCAAGCCGACAUCAUUGCCGCCCGAGUCGUCUACCUGAGCCAGCCAGAACAGGGUGAACAAGGACCACGGAAUACCGAAGCAAAUUUAAAGUCUUCCAGACCUUCGCCUGCCUCAACGAGCCACAGCUCAAGCAUGUUCAAUGACUCUUUUACUGUCACCUUGACUGAGCGUGACCGUAGCACCUCGAUCCAAGCGGAGCUACAGAUCCAUGUCACUGCUUUCCGCCUUGCCGUAGCCACAAGACCGGCUCGUCUGAGACAAGGCGAUACCAGAGCCUUCUUGCGCUUGACUCAUCUUCACAUUGACUUGCCCCCAUCUCCAUGCUCGAGUAUGGACAGAUUUCCCAUUCAGAAAGAACGACUCCUCAACCAUCUUGAGUUCACGCUGACUCGAGCCGCCUCGUACGGUAGACUGUAUCUCGAUACAGUUCCCAUAGAGCGUUUCACGUUCAACCAUCUCAAAAGCAAUCGUCUCUCCUACGAACAGAUGGACUUUUCCGUGGGCAAUGAUUCCCUACUGCUUUAUGCAGAAUUCAGACGACUAGAAGUUUUCGCACUCAUGGACAAAGUCUCACCUUUUGAUGGCAGAGCGAAAGAGAGUCUAUUGCCAUUGUAUCAGUGGCGAUCGGAUCCUUUUCUGAUAAAUAUUCAAGUGAUCCCGCGUAUUGUGAUACAUCCAAUUGAUGUAAUGCCUGGAGGGCGAGUAAUAAUCACUCAAGCGAUACUGGACACUUCAGAACUGAUUCAACUUUUGAAAAGCAAAGCAGAUUUCCAUAAUGAGGCAUUUCAACUUCCUGAAUUCAGAAUAAACAACGCAACUCGCCUAAGGCUUGGCCGAUUCAUUGUUUCAAGGCCAAAAUCAGAUCAAGAUUAUAGUUGGACAGAUUUCAAUCACCGAGUAGACGAUGAAAUAAUAACGUUUAACCAAGAAGAUAUUGCCCUCAAUCAUCUUAUAUUUGAGGCAUUUACAAUGCCCAAUUUGACCAUUGUUUUCAAUAGUCAAUCAGUUUUCGAGCAAGAAGCAGUGCCUUUUUCACUUCAUGCGGGAAGUCAAGUACAGCCUGCAGAAGGAAAAAUGCUGAUUCGCGUAUUCACUCAUCUUGAAGGCCUUCCAUUGCCGCCUUCAUUAUCAUCUCUUGAAGAUUUCGAUCUUUCCAGCGAGUCACCACAAAACGAGUCUGAUUUGCUUUUCCAUCUUAGUUCUAAGUUUUCAGAGCAUAUCUUUCCCUUAAAUGAAACUAAUAAUUUUUCUCUUAAAACACAAGAUGGAAUAGCUGAUAAGCGCCGCAGCUUUUUGAUUAUAUCUGGUGCUGGUAUCGGUCUAAUUCUGCUGCUCAUUGUGUCCCUGAUUGUGCUGAUUCAUCUUAUUAUUCGUCGAUACAAUCUCCAUUCGGCUUCACUCCCUCAGGCAAACGAUUCUAAACUUGAGUCUGGAACCAUGGUUUCUAAAGUCUUUCUGAAAUCCUAUGUUUCUCGUCAGCAGACAGCAGCUUCUGGGUCAAGGGAACUUCCGAAAAGCCAAACCAGCGAUAUUCUCGGAUGCCAAAUUGAAAGGUCUCUGUCAGUUUCAUUAUCCUCCAUCAUAGAAACGUCAGGGAAACAGGUGAAUUCAUCAAUCAUCGGUAGAUCAAGCCCACUGCUCCAGCUUGCAAUGCCUGGUUCGUCCAACUCACUACGAUUUAACUCCAAUUGCAGCCGAUCGGGCUUAAGUGUUUGCUUUGUUGAGACUGGUAGAACUACCCUCACAAGUCCAGCUAGAGAAUCUUUGACCAACCCUAAAAGUAUUAAACUAACAGAACAGUGCACUUGUGAUUUUUCCAGAGCUCUUUCACAAUCGGAGGAUAACGAGGCCACCACAAUUGUGGGACAAUUGCUUCCACUUUCCAAAACUACUUCCUCUUUUGUGCCUUCAAGUUUAACUGAAGACGAGCUAAACUAUCCUCGCUUGAUUGCAUUCCACCCUCCUAAUUCUCGUGUCAAUUCUACUAACUGCACGACGACUGCUGAAACUCCCUGGGCUACACGGCUUGAAUCAAACUGUGACAUACAUUUCGACGGCUACAAUACACCUAGGGUCUCCAUGCCAGUAACAGACGUUUCUAUUGAAGGUCAAAAUUGCUUGGCUGGAUUCCUGUUGCAAGAUCGCCAGAAUGAGACUUGGGCGAAUGGAGUAAGGCCAAUUCGGCUGAUGCAAACAGUACAGAAGCUCAAUCAGCAGCCAAAUGUUAGCUAUUUUCCCCUAUCUUCUGUACCAUUCUCCACCAUAAGCAUCGAGUCGUCGCAAUCUGGGCCAAAUGUAGGUACACCUAACCACGGCUUGCAUUCUGUUCUCUUGUCUGUUUCACCUCAGGCCUGUGCUAACUGUAAUCACUUGUCUCACCAAAAAAUAGAACCAGGGCUUUCUAAGAAGAUUGUGAUUCAGCCUAGAAUUGAACUUCCCAAGACCAAUCUCGAACUAUCCACGAUAAAUGAUGCUCAUGGAUCCUUUUUUUCAGACUCUGGCAUCUCCAUGGACUGUGCACAAAAUGUCUUCAACAGAGAAUCACCAGUAACUCUGCUUGGGGCAUCUAAAUUGUCUUCAAAUAACCUGAUACAAACACAAAGUGAAAUAACCGGUGCAUUUCUACAAUCUACCUCAAAUACAGUGCCUCAAACAGUACACUCAGAUCCACUUCUUUGUGAUUCACACCAGAAUGUCAUACACUCGACAGUCUCUGAUGUCGUAUCCUCCCAAUUUGAUGGCGGCUCCAAUUCUGCUCGAUUAUUAUCCUCCAGCGUAUUGCAACCGAUUGUGCAUCACAUUCUUCCAAACAUAUCUAGUGUGGAUAUACCAAUUACAUAUAAAUCAACAUUAACUCCCGACGUGACAGAUGAUUCUAAGCCUAAUAAGUGA